CACGGCCCGCCCCUCCGCGCACCAAAACAAACUGGAGGCCGGGGCGGGGCCUGCGGGCGGCCGACGGCGCGCGGGGGCAGGUUCUUGGGUCGCGGCGCCCGUGGGUUGGGCGGCGGGGUGCGGACUGGCGCUUCCGCCCUCGGUGGAGUAGGGAGCAGAGUCAUGGAGCCCGGCUAGCAGGCGACGCGAGGCCCGGCUGGAAAUAGUCUUUUGGGGCCAGAGUCUGGGUACAUACGAAGGCAAAUUCUCACCCUCUCACAGGCACACCCAGGAAUCGCCACUGAGAGGAUCGAGUCUCUAAAAGGCUUUUUUGAGUGUUCUCAGAUUGAGUUUAGUCAAUAACUGUCAAGCUGGCUAGAAGACUGUUCUGGAAGUGGUGGAGGCACAUCCUAAGGUUCAGGAUGAGCACGUGCUGCUGGUGCACCCCGGGCGGGGCCCCCACCGCCGACUUCCUGCAGCGCUACGCGUCCAGGGCCCCGGGCGGCGCGUCCCCCACAGCAGAGGAGUUCCAGACCGCGGACGAAGACCUCUGCUACUGCUUGGAGUGUGUGACCGAGUACCACAGGGCGCGCGACGAGCUGCCCGCCUUGCACGAGGUUUUAUGGGAACUAGAAACCUUACGUCUCAUAAGUCACUUUGAGAAGUCCAUGAGGGGAGAGAUCGAGGACGACGACGAGUUGUACAUAGUGGACAACAACGGGGAGGCCCAGCUGUUCGACUUCACUGGCCAGGACUUCGAGAAUAAGCUUCGAGUUCCGAUUCUUGAAAUCCUGAAAUACCCUUAUCUGCUUUUACACGAGCGUGUCAACGAGCUGUGUGUGGAAGCGCUGUGCCGGAUGGAGCAGGCGAACUGCUCCUUUCAGGUGUUUGAGAAGCAGCCCGGGAUCUACUUGUUGCUGGUCCAUCCUAAUGAAAUGGUGCGGCGUUGGGCGAUCCUGACAGCAAAAGGCUUGGGGAAGGUGGAGCGAGACGACUACUACGACCUACAGGAGGUUUUGACGUGCCUCUUCAAAGUCAUCGAGUUGGGGCUUUUGGAGAAUCCGGACAUUUACACCACCUCUGUCCUCGAGAAGGGGAGACUGGCCGUCCUGCCCUCGCACAUGUACGACACGAGCAGCCACAAGAACUACUGGCUAGGGAUCUGCAUGCUGCUGACCAUCCUCGAGGAGCAGGCCAUGGACUCGCUGCUGCUGGGCUCCGACAAGCAGAACGACUUCAUGCAGUCCAUACUGCACACCAUGGAGAGGCAGCCGCAGGAUGAUAGUGAAGAUCCUUUCUGGCCAGCAUUGCACUGUUUCAUGGUGAUUCUGGAUCGCCUGGGGUCCAAGGUCUGGGGUCAACUUAUUGAUCCGAUUGAGGCAUUUCAGACCAUUAUCAACAAUGCAAGCUACAACAGAGAGAUCCAGAAUAUCCGGAACAGCUCUGUAAGGACCAAGUCCGAACCGGAGUCGUGUCUGGAUGAUAUGGUGACUUGCAGCCAGAUUGUAUACAAUUACAAUCCUGAAAAGACCAAAAAGGACUCGGGCUGGAGAUCAGCCAUUUGCCCGGACUAUUGCCCAAACAUGUACGAAGAAAUGGAGACAUUGGCCAGUGUGCUCCAGUCGGAUGUCGGUCAAGACAUGCGCGUUCACAACAGCACGUUUCUGUGGUUCAUCCCUUUCGUCCAGUCUCUCAUGGACCUUAAGGACCUGGGUGUGGUUUACAUACUAGAGGUUAUUAACCAUCUGUACUUCCAAGUCAAAGAUGUCCUCAACCAACCAGUCGUCACAUGUGACAAAGUCACUGAAUUUUUUUCCCUGAUUUUGGUGUCCGUGAUCGAGCUCCACAGAAGCAGGAAGUGCCUGCACUCGCUCUGGGUCAACUCCCAGCGGUGGGUGGAGGCUGUGGUGAAGUGUGCCAGGCUCCCCACCGCCGCGUUCGUGCGGAGUUCCGAGAAGUCGGCCGGCAGCGGCUCCAGAGGAACAGCAGCGACAUCGCUGUCCCUGCAUCCGAUGCCGUCUAACUCGGUCCAGCUUGCUUGUGUGCAGCUGAUUAGAAGUCUCCUUAAAGACGGUCAUCAGCUUGGGCAGCAAACUCUUUGUAAGGAAUUCUGGGAUAAACUCAACUUAUUCCUGCGAGGAAAUUUAUCUCUAGGUUGGCAGUUGACUAGUCAGGAAACCGAAGCGCUACAGUCUUGUUUAAAGCAAAUUAUUAGAAAUAUGAGACUCAGAGUACCUCAGCAUACCGCUCUGGUGGAGCCGGCUCCUUCCUGUAAAACUCCUCCUGCGUCUUGUGGUAAAGAAGAAAGUGAACAAGCAGGGAAGGCGUGUGAAAAAGACCUGCGCUGUCUGGAAAGCCCAACAUUCUCUAAACCGAUGAAAGCUGAUGUGUGUCAAGUGCAGCAGAGGAGCGUAGAAAGCAAAGUGAGUAACGCCAUGGAAGAGGAUAAUGAGAAGAAUUACAUAAAAGAUUUGAAACUGGAGGACCAUCUGUCAGCUGAGUCAUGCUUAAAGCAGAGUAGUAAAAACCUUUUCCUGGAAAGAGCCCAAGAUCAAGUUAAAAUAUGUACAAGGAAGCAGAAUCCUGUAAAACAUAAUUGCUCAUGUGCACCACAGAACUGUACUUCAAGAAAUGGCCCGGAAAGGGGGUGUGACCAAGGAGCGACUGUGUCCAUGCGCCUGUCGGCUGAUUCUGGUGCAGAUCCUCCAGAGAAGGGGUCCACGUCAAAGGAGGACUUCCCUUCACAGGAUGAUGUCCUUGGCAGAACCUCAAAAGCAAAAACGAGGGCACAGAAGAGUGAGAUCUGUGCUAAGUUAUCACAUGUAAUAAAGAAGCAGCACAGGAAAAGUGCUUUGGUCAGUAGUACUGUGAAAUCAGAGGGAGACCUGACGGAAUCUAACAUUGAGAGUGUCUGUUCAAGGCAAGGCACAGGAGGUCAGAAAGGGGAUAGCUUCCUGCACGAUCUCACUUUAGAUCCUGAGGAUAUUCCAGAAAGUAAAUACGGAGGGCACGGAUCUCCUAGCAGUGUGUUGCUGAAAAAGAAACAGUUGAAGAAGGAAGAGUUAGGUGGUUUUUCUUCUCAUGAAAACAAUUGUCAAAUACAGGACUGUCAUGUUGAUACUAAAGAUUUGGUUUUGUUUGCAGAAGGGACCAAUACUUCCAUGCAUAGAGCAUCUCCUUUUAAAGAUCCUAUGAGUUCACCUGAAUCAGCGCGAAAGAAAGUUAGCAAGGGUGCUGAUCAGGUUUCUUCUAACCUGAUAGAACAGGUCCCUAGCAUCACCCUUCAGUCUGACAUCUUAACAGAUUCUCAGGUGGACAGAGAUCUCCACAAAUUAUCAUUGAUGGCUCAAGCCAGCGUUACCACGUUUCCAUCAGAUUCGGCUCCAAAAAGCUCGCCCCAGCUACAAAGAAAAGUAAAAGAUAAAAAAGGUUUCAGAGCCAACCAAAGUGAUGUCAAAGAAACCUGCUGUGGACAAGUCAUCAUCAUCUCAGAUUCCGAUGACAAUGGUGAUGACGAAGGAAUCCUGGAUCUGGAGAGACACUGGAGACGAGAUACAGCGUGCGCUGGGGAGGAGUGUCCCAAGCCGCGUGCUUCGAUGGCUGGUGUGGACGUGGAAGGGAAGCUAGCAGAAGAAGAAAGGACAAAUUCCCCCUUGGAGUUUGAGGACUCCGAUUCUCAGGUGUUUGAGUUUGAAAGCCAAAGGGACAUAUUUUCAGUUUGGCAAGAUCAGACACCAGACAAGAAUUCAGCUCAAGGGGAUGAAAAGAGUUCGUGUUGGACUCCCAUGGCAGAUACCACCAAUGACUGGGGCUAUGAUACGGAUUACCCUAUGCCCGAGGAAGUUACUGAGAAAGAAUCAGAGGGCACUGAGCGUGCACAACCACAGAGCAGUAGUACUGGUGAGGAAUCCUGUACAAUUCAAAUAAAAAAACCUAAGAGGAAAAAAAUGGAAAGACCAACAGCUAAAGAUGGUUUAAGGCCUUCAUCUUCUGUCAGAAACGAGGACCAGUCUGACGCUGGCAAUGAGAGUGAGCGAACUGAAAAUAACAGGAGUGCAGGCGCAAGGACCGCUCCCAAAGCAGGUGCUCCGAGAACCGCCUUGGUUUCCCUGAAGAAGGCUUCGCCAAAGCCUUGUACUUACUCCAGACCCGUUCGGAGAGCCCCAGCUCCCAAAACUGCCAGGAAGACACAUUCAGAUGCCAGAAGAGGGCAGAGUAAGGGCUCCUGUUGCAUCAGCUGCAGGACGGUGCCCUUCAUAGUGCCGCCCAAGAAGGACCGCCAGCGUCCCGAGCCCGCCUCCACCGCAGAGCGGCUCGGGCUGAAGAAGGGCAAGCGCCAGGCCUUCGACCUGUCGCAGAGGUCUCAGGACUGCACAGCGCGGUUACGCGCCCACGGCAAAAACGUCGGCGCCAUUGAUACUGGAAAAAAGACUAAACUGAUUGCUCCUCAGACUCAUUCUGUGAAAGAUAAGAAACUGCUCGUGAGUCAAGAUCGUUGGUUUCAAAGGCAGACGAGACAGAGGUCUAAACAAAACAGACAAGGGCGCCCUGAUUCUACACGCGCUAGUGCGGCAAGAGCGGGACCACGUGCGGCUCGGAGCUCUGACGCAGCUGCAGCAGAGCCGGGCCGGCCGGGGUGCAGCGACAGAGGAGGGACCGAGGCCGUGGCUCACAGCAGUGGGAACCGGCCGGUGAGCUGCACGUCUCCUGAACGAGGACCCGCUAGAGCACGAUCUGCUCCUCAGGUGGCUGCCGGGGCUUGUCUUUCGGGCCCAUGUAUUUCCCCAGUGUUAAAUGGAAGACGACCAGCGGGUGAAAUCACGGUCUCCACUUCCGAAGACCCUCCAGGUAGAGGGGACCUGACGGGACAUCGCCUAGAGGUGGCAGCUUUGAAGAAGGCAGAGCCUGACGACGACAGUGACCCGGAGGGAAACGAUCUCUUUUUAACACAACACGAUCCUGAAGAUAUGGACUUGUGUUCGCAGAUGCAGGACGAUGACGAUAAACUCAUCGAAGUGGUUCCCGGGGAAAACAGAGCUCGGGGAGAAGAGCAUUCUGCACACCAGCCUCGGUUGGAGUCUCUCAGUAGCGCAAAAUGUAAGCACCAGGGCUGUGUCGAAGCUGUGAAGACCCAGGGCGACUGCUGCUCGAAGCACUCCGCAGCCCAAGCGGCCGGUGAAGACGUCUUCCGCAAACCUGGCUUGCCUCCUUCCGCCUCUAGACCUCUGAGACCUUCCACCACUAAGAUUUUUAGCUCAAGUGGUACUUCACGGACUGCUCAUCUCUCCAAGUCUUUGGAAAGCAGCUCGGCACUUCCAGCUCUAAAAAAUAAGUCAGGUGGGGGACGGUCUCCUUUGAAAGCACCACAGCCAGCCCCUCCGGGGUCUCCGAAGCCAUCGGGCGAAGGGAAGGGAUUGUGCAACAUUCGCUCUUCUCCGACCCCUCCGGGGUCUCCGAAGCCACCGGGUGAAGGGAAGGGAUUGUGCAACAUGCAUUCUUCUCCGGCCCCUCUGGGGUCUCCGAAGCCACCGGGUGAAGGGAAGGGAUUGUGCAACAUGCAUUCUUCUCCGGCCCCUCCGGGGUCUCCGAAGCCACCGGGUGAAGGGAAAGGUUUACGCAACGUUCUUCGGUCUCCAGUGUCUCCAAAGCCAUUGGGUGAAGUGAAGGGUUUAUGCAACGUUCUUUCUCCAACUCGAAGUAGUUCCAGCCGGCAAGCUUACAAACUGCCAUUUGGUGAGAGCAGACCUCUUGCAUCUUCUCUGGACAGCACUUCGCCGCAGUCCGUCUCUGACACCUUCGUUAAAGAGGUCUUGAAGUGGAAAUACGAGAUGUUCGUGACCUUCGACCAGUGCGGGCUCCCAGCAAGUCUUUGUCAGACCAUCUCAAGACCUGUGCCUGUCAGAUUCCAAGAUUGUAACGAUUAUUUUAACGUUUUCCUUCCUUUGAUGGUAGUGAAUACUUUCGAAACAGUAGCACAGGAAUGGAUCAGCUCUCCAAAUAAAGAAAAAUCCUAUGAGUUGCAGUUACGAAAAUUUCCUGUAGAAUACAAAAAAUACUGGGAGUUUGUUGUUUCUCUUCAGGAUUGUGAACUAGCUAAACAGCUUCACCCGAAGGAGAAUGACUUGGUGUUUUUGGUCCUUGAACGACAGAGUGGAGAGAAGAGAGAUGCGGAGGGGAAUCCCAGCCAGGGUCCCCGUGAAUACCACUGUGCUUACGUCCAUAAAUUCCGCCGCACGUCAGCCCUGCGUAAUGGGAAAUACGAGUGUUUCCUUUGCAUCCAGACUCAAGAUGACUUGCCAGUCAAUCUGAACGAAUUUGUAAAAUGUGUUGUAAUCAGUUCUCUGGUAACUACGCAAAGGAAAUUGAAAGCCAUGACGUUGCUGAAUGGUCGGAACCAGCUGGCCAGAGCUAUCCUGAAUCCAAACCCCAUGGACUUCUGUACGAAAGAUUUACUGACCACGACGUCGGAGAGAAUUACUGCCUACCUAAGAGAUUUCAACGAAGAACAGAAGAAGGCGAUCGAAACCGCCUAUGCCAUGGUGAAACACUCCCCGGCGGUCGCCAAGAUCUGUCUCAUCCACGGGCCCCCUGGGACGGGGAAGUCGAAGACCAUCGUCGGCCUCCUGUACCGCCUGCUGACGGAGAGGAGGGGGCACUUUGAUGAAAACUCGAACGCCAAGAUCAAGCAGAACCGUGUGCUUGUGUGUGCGCCUUCCAACGCGGCCGUGGACGAGCUGAUGAAAAAGAUUAUCCUCGAAUUCAAAGAAAAGUGUAAAGACAAGAAGAAUCCUAUGGGGAACUGUGGAGAUAUCAAUUUAGUACGUCUGGGGCCAGAAAAGGCUAUUAAUAAUGAGGUCCUAAAAUUCAGUUUGGACAACCAAGUCAGCCACAGAAUGAAAAAAGACUUACCAUCUCACGUUCAGGAGAUGCAUAAAAGAAAGGAGUACCUGGACCAUCAGCUAGAUGAACUUUCCCGCCAGCGUGCUCUGUGCCGAGGUGGGAGGGAAAUGCAGAGGCGAGAAUUAGAUGAAAGAAUUGCUCAUGUUUCCAAAGAAAGGCAGGAACUUGCUUCUAAAAUUAAAGAGGUUCAAGGGCGCCCGCAGAAAACCCAGAGCAUCAUCAUCCUGGAGUCCCACGUCAUCUGCUGCACCCUGAGCACGAGCGGCGGCCUGCUGCUCGAGUCCGCCUUCCGCGGACAGGGGGGCGUCCCCUUCAGCUGCGUCAUCGUCGACGAGGCGGGGCAGGCGUGCGAGGUCGAGACCCUCACCCCACUCAUCCACCGCUGCAACAAGCUGAUCCUCGUGGGGGACCCGAAGCAGCUCCCCCCCACGGUCAUCUCCCUGAAGGCGCAGGAGUUCGGCUACGACCAGUCGAUGAUGGCCCGCUUCUGCAAGCUGCUGGAGGAGAACGUGGAGCACAACGUGAGUGGCAGGCUGCCCAUCCUGCAGCUGAACAUGCAGUACCGGAUGCAUCCCGACAUCUGCCUCUUCCCCUCCAACUACGUGUACGGCAAGAGCCUGAGGACCAACAGGGUGACGGAGACCAUCCGGUGCUCGUCGGAGUGGCCGUUCCAGCCCUACCUGGUGUUCGACGUCGGAGAUGGCCUGGAGCGGCGGGACAACGACUCUUACGUGAACGUUCAAGAAAUAAAAGUGGUCAUAGAGUUGAUCAAACUUCUCAAAGACAAGAGGAAGGAUGUUACUUUCCGGAAUGUGGGCAUCAUAACCCAUUACAAGGCUCAGAAGAUGAUGAUUCAGAAGGAGUUGGACAAAGAAUUUGAAGGAAAAGGGCUCGCAGAAGUAGAUACCGUGGACGCGUUUCAGGGUCGUCAGAAAGACUGUAUCAUUGUCACGUGCGUCCGAGCGAACACUGUGCAAGGUUCAAUUGGGUUUCUGGCGAGCUUGCAGAGACUGAACGUCGCCAUCACACGAGCCAAGUACAGCCUCUUCAUCCUGGGCCACCUGCGGACUUUGAUGGACAAUCAGCACUGGAACCACCUGAUUCAGGACGCACAGAGGCGCGGUGCCAUCAUCAAGACCUGCGACAAAAACUAUAGACACGACGCAACGAAGAUCCUGAAACUGAAGCCCACGCUGCAGCGAAGUCUGACCCACCCCCCCGCCCUGGCCCUGGAGGGCUUCAGCCCCCGGGGCGGCUCCCCCAGCAGCAAGUCCGAGAGCGAGAUUAUCAAGGCGCUGUUUGCGUCUUUCGUGAAUGGCACCGCCCCUGACCCUAAGGAAGCUGCUGCUACCGCUGCUGCCAAGGACCCCGAGAGGCCUCCGGUUAAGGACCAGCCGCGGGACCCACGACUGCUUAAGAGGAUGGGCCUGAGCUCUGAAGCGCAAGGGAGGUGCCUGAGGGAUCCGGAGCCCUCGAGCCCCCAGCACCAGGGAGCAACGCCCCCCUUGGGCGAGCCCGGCUUCCCUGGGAGCCCCCAGGUGCCGGGCAGCACCACGGAGUGGUCCACGGCCACAGGGAGCGUCCACUGGCCGCACGCGCCGUGUGAACCUCCUGCUGCCAGCGCCGCCGCCACAAGCGUGUAUGACCAGGAGUGGGGGCACAGCCGCCAAAGAGACGCCAGGGCUUUCAGGGACUGGGACCAGGAGAUGCCUAGCCCUGUGAGCCAUCGCCCCAAGAGGAACUCGGGCUGGGACCGGAGACCGGAGAGGGAGGACAGCCGCUCAAAGAGGAGGAAACUGUAGGGAAGCCGGGGACGAGCCCCCCGGCCACAAGCACCGCCGCCAGCUUCAGGGGGCCGGCUGGUGGGACUGUCCAGAUAAGACUCGGGUUUCUUCAGAGGAGUGUGUGCGCUGCUGGAACGUGGGGAACGCAGCCUGACCCCGGGGCCUGUGGGUCACCCUUGGCACCUUCCUGCCCGUUGCAAACCCUCCCAGAGGGCGUGCGAGUGUCAUCUGUGUUGCCUGAGGCCGCAGGCUUGAACACCGGUCUCUCCUCCUCCUGUAAAAGGGCCAGUCCCACCGAGUGCGUGCCAGAGAAGCUGAAAUACGCAUUUGCAUAGCAAACGGCAAAGUCCUUUUAAAGUUUAAUCCGUAGACCGCUUUUCUCUCUCCUGCUUACAAUGCUGAUUAUUUUCAGCAGAACCAACUUUGUUUUAAAGGAAGAAAGAAAAGCAGGAGAGAGACAGGCCCUCUCGGCCCUCGUGGGACAGGCCGGGCAAACUGUCUCAGGUGGGAACAGAACACCCGCUCCGAGGGAAGGCCAGGAGGGGGUGCAGGUCCUUGGAGUUCAGACCAAGGUCAGAGCGGGAGUCUCCCGCGGCCUUUGGGAGCUCUGUCGGCCUGUGAGGACGCGUGGUGGUGCAGUGUCCCUGGUGUGGGGCCUGGCCCCCGCGGGGUGGGAGGGACCUGGACAGAGGGGCGGUCGCCAAGUCUUAGAGCCCAGCUUCCUGAGCACGCACGGAUCGCCCGGGGACUAUCCCACGUGAGAAGGCACAGCAGCGGCGGCGGCUGGCAGGUGUGGAGCCAGGUUCGGGGCGACACGCUUCAGCCACCAGCUGAUGAGGGGAACAGGCCCUGGAGCUGGAUGGGCCCCGCUUGAAACCUUCCUUGUUUUCUGCUUAAGCAGACAGGGCUCUGCACUACUCAGAGAUUUCUACCGAGUAGAUUACUGAGAGUUCUUUAAAAAGCAGCAUUUGGUUGCCGAAAGUCUCGGCACCACACUUCCCCAUGACCUGUGUCCCCUCCCUGGCACCCAGACAGCGCUCCUGUCAGCAGGGAGCACGCCCUCCCCAUCUCGGGGUGGGAGGCGGUCCUGGCGGAGCCAGAGAGGGCGGUGCGGGGUGGGGCUGGGGGCCCUUCGAGCUUCAUGCGUGUGCCUGGGCAUGAGAGCUCAUUGCUGCUCUAAGUUUACUUUUCUGCAACCCUGGUAAAGUGCUCGGUGGAGCAGACCCUUGCAGCGGUGACCAUUUAGAAUUAAAAACGCUGUGAGCUGGGGCAGGAAGCGAGGCCCACAGCUGCAGUGAGGACCGCAGGCCCGAGCAGCGUCGCUUCCCGGAAAGCUUGGUACCUGCCCCCUCGGAGCGUCCCCACUGGCCGCCCGGUCUGGUCGUGCACAAUCCAGUCGGAGACCCGCACUGCCCUUCCCGAGGAGCAAGCCUGCACCCUGGGCCCCUCCUGGAGGAAGAGGCCUGCCCGGUUUUGCCCUGGAAACCGUUCCUUGUUCAGCUGGUGAAAGCAUUUGCGUAAAGCCUUUCCUGUGUGUUGCAAUGCCGUUCUCGACGUGGCUGUCCCUCACGGCAGUGUCACUGCGGGAGAUCACUGCAAGGUGAGGAAGGGCCUGUGGCUUCGUCCUCGCCCGGGCGUGGUGAGAACCUGUUUUCUCCCACUGCCUCUUCUUUCAACACGAGUGGGUUUCACUCCACUUCUUCAGUGCAGCUGGCCUUGGGUGCACAGGUCACUGUGUUUCACGCAGUGUCGGGAGCCGGUUUUGAUAAGUACAUGUCAAUAAUCUGUAAAUGAGUUUUAUAACCGAGAUGCACUAAACUAUUUUCUGAAGCUAGUUGUGCACAUUAUAAUUUUUUGCUGGAGCUUUGAUUUUUCUACGCUCUGAAUUCCUAGCAGGGAUUUGGCAAACGUUCAAUCUGUUCUCUUUGUUAAAACUUAAAUUUUAAGAGAAAAUAGCAGAAUUAAAAAGUGGAAACACGACUGACAUG